AUGGUUUCGACUAAAGAAAACCUAGCGAUGAAUAUGGAGAUUGAAUGCAAUAAUAUUGACAGGAAUAAAGAUAAAUUCGUUGAAACGUCACCUUUGAAACCAGAAUCGGACAGUACCGUUAAAAAAGGCAAGCAUAAAAGAAAUGAAAAUUUGACGAUUUUACAAAGAUUGAAAUUAAUUAAGGAGAACGUUACUGUAGAACCGGUUAUGGCAUGUUACAUUAUGCCUAGUAUUUUAGCAUCAUUAGCGACACAAAAUUUAAACCUAGAAAAAGCAUGUAGGGUGAACCUUAACUUUACAAGUGAGAUUUGUGAUGCUCUUAAACUGAGACAAACGGAAAAUUACACAGAAUACGAAGAACAAGUUCAAACUUAUAUCGCUGGAAUUCAAACAUGGAAAAAUAUUGUGCAAACAGCUAUUCCUGUUUUAUUAAUAUUAUUUGUUGGAGCAUGGAGUGACAAAACUGGCAGACGAAAAGCCUGCAUUUUGAUGCCGAUUGUAGGCGAAUUUUUAACUUGCAUUGGUUUCGUUAUUAAUACCUACUUCUUUUAUGAACUACCUGUGGAGGUUUCUGCUUUGACAGAAUCUAUUUUUCCGGCCAUAACUGGUGGAUGGUUUACAAAUUUUGUUGGUGUGUAUAGUUACAUUGGUGAUAUUACUACAAAUGAAGAUAGAACAUACAGAGUUGGUAUCGUCAAUUUAUGUAUGUCUCUGGGAUAUCCAAUAGGAAGUGCUUUAAGCGGUGUCUUAUUGACUUGGAUAGGCUACUAUGGUAUAUUUUCAUUAUCCGCACUAUUAUAUUUGUUUAGUUUGAUUUACGGAUAUUUCUACUUGGAAGAUGCUAAGCGGAAAACAAGCAAGUCGGAGCGAAGUGGGUGUAUUGAAUUCAUCUGUGAAUUUUUUGAUAUUAAAUUAGUGAUGGAAACUUUUAAAGUCGCUUUCAGUAAGAGGUCUGGUAACAGAAGAUUAAGAGUGGGCCUUCUGCUUAUAGCUGUGUGCGUCAUUUUUGGACCAUCACAAGGUGAAUAUAGUGUAUUGUACCUGUUUACAAGAUAUAGGUUUAACUGGGAUGAGGUUCAAUACAGUAUUUGGAUGACUUACUGCAUUGUCACAAAUUUGUUAGGGACAUUAUUUUCUAUAAGCUUGUUUAGCAACCAUUUGAAACUGGAUGACACACUUCUGGGAAUAAUUUCCUGUACGAGCAAAAUUGUUGCCUCUUUUGCGUAUGCAUUUGCUAGAAAUAAUACAGAAAUAUAUUUAGCACCACUUCUUGAAAUAUUAAAUGGAACGUCAUUUAUCGCAAUGAGAUCUAUAGCAACUAAACUUGUUACUGGUCAAGAAUUUGGUAAAGUUAACUCACUAUUUGGAUUAGCUGAGGCGAUGACACCUCUCGUUUAUGGUCCUUUAUACUCCAGAACAUAUAUGGCAACACUGAACGUUCUACCUGGAGCAGUUUUCCUUUUGGGAGGAUUAUUAACGCUACCAGCUAUUGCUAUUUUUGGGUGGCUCUAUUUUGAGCAUCAAAAAGAUAAGCGAAAAGCAGCAAUAAACUCUUUUGACUCUGAAAAAAUUUAA